CGCAGUUGCCUCUAGUUGUCGAUGCCUGGGUGCAUUUGAUCGCCCUUGGCUUACGCAUCGUGCUGUUGCCGUUCUCGUCCCACGGCUGCUGGAUAGUGCUUGGUCAAAUACGGGGAAAGAAAUCUGACAGCCUACUCAAUCAUGGAUUCCUUCACCACUACCGGUCAGGAUGACAUCUCGGUCAGCGAUGUGUUCAGCCCUCAGGCCGACAUGUCGCAUGCCCACAAGGACAUCACUAUGGGCGACACCCCCGAAGCCGGCUUUCGCAUGAGCGCCCGCAGUCCCCAGCGUCAACAGGGGCCGAUGAUUAAGGGGACUGGGGUCCACGGAGGCAAUCCCUUCCCGGCGCCGGAGCUGAACGGUCGCCCGCUCGUCGCCAAGGCCGAUCGACGGAAGAAAAAGAAAAAGCAGGCGGUUCAUGAGGUAGCCCCGGCCCUUUCGACUGUUCGUGGGUUCACCCCUCGCGGCUCCGGCGACGACGACUCGGAUUUAUCGGCGGCCAGUUCUCGUGCGCCGAGCUCGCACCCGCGCGUUCCGGGGGCUAACGGGGGCAGUCCGUUGGUUCAGCCAGCGGCCGGCUGCGGGGUGAGCGCCCUUAAACUUCAGCUCGAAUCGAUGAAUCUGUCCGGCAAUGGGUCCCGAACCGGCCCUGCGGAGCUCUGCGCGGAGACCCCUAGCAACGCCAGUGUUUGCUCCGACAGUGACCAGACCGAGGUCCUGACCAGCUACGAGGUGCCCUUGGAGCAUGACUAUGUCAGUGCAGAUGCCGCUGCAGAGGAAAUCUCGCAGAACACGUCGAGCGUGCGGGACAUGCGCACCCAGCUGUGCCGCAAGAUGACCGCCGAGGACUUUGAGCCCCUGCUCUGUCUGGGUAAAGGGUCCUUUGGCACGGUGUUGCUGGUCCGCCAUGUGCUCACGGGCAAGCUGUACGCGCAGAAGCAGUUUCGCAAGGCGUCGCUUACCGUCCACAAGAAACUCGUGGAGCAAACCAAGACGGAGCGCAUGAUCCUGGAGAGUGUCAACCGCCACCCGUUCGUGGUCAAGCUGUUCUAUGCAUUCCAGGACCAUGAGAAGCUGUACCUUAUCCUGGAAUACGCGCAAGGUGGUGAGCUGUUUACGCAUCUGGCUCUGGAACGCAUGUUCGACGAGGAUGCGGCCGCAUUCUACAUGGCAGAGAUGGUGCUUGCGCUCGAACAUCUCCACCAAAAUGUGGGAGUCAUCUAUCGGGAUCUCAAGCCAGAGAACUGCCUGCUGGACCACGAAGGUCACCUGCUGCUGACCGACUUCGGACUCAGUAAAAUUGCUCUCAACGACGACGAUCGCUGCAACUCCUCGCUGGGCACGAUCGAGUACAUGGCUCCGGAGGUGGUCCAAGGAAAGCCGUACGGCAAAGCAUGCGACUGGUGGUCGCUGGGUGCCCUGGGCUACGACCUGCUCACCGGAUCCCCUCCGUUCAAGGCGAAUAACAACGCCAAGCUGCAGGAAAAGAUAGUGAAGCAGAAACUGACCCUGCCCUAUUUCCUGGGACCCGAUGCCAAGGACCUGUUGAUCCGGCUGCUCCGCAAGGAACCUUCAAAGCGGCUGGGGUAUCACAUGGCUAAGGACCUGCAGACAAUCAAGAAUCACCGGUUCUUCCGCAAGAUCGACUGGAAGGCGCUGGAGCGACGCGAGGUGGCGCCUCCAAUCAACCCGGUGGUGACGGAUCCCGCCUUGGCGGAGAAUUUUUCGGUGGACUUCACGCAGCUGCCGCUGAGUCCGAUCGUGCAUGCGUUCGACGAGCACUACGCGUCCAGCCAGGGAGGUCUGCGGACCGGCCAUGCUGAUGGAGUGGGGGAAAGUGACUUGUUUGGAGGGUUCAGUUUUGUGGCGUCGAGCAGCUUGCUGGACAACGGAAUGAUUGGGGUGUAAAUCGCAUUGAGCGCAGGA